AUGCUGGUCCCACUAGCAUUGCUCGUAACAUUCCUCUUGCGGAUAGAGAUCCACGCGGAGGGUUUCGACAACCAUAGACACAAUCAAAAUGAUCUAAAUUCACUAUUGCAACAUCAACCUGAACCAUCGAUUCUGCCAACGAUUGUGCCUGGAGAACAGGUUUUCCCUCAUGGAGUUGUCCGUUAUCAACAUAUGAUCAAUAAUUCACCGAGCAGCAAUUACUUUGUCUACUACACAGACGCUAUUGCUAACCAUCAAAAUUCUCAGUAUGUUCAAGGGUACAGUAUCCAAAACAGUGAUGAUUCGCCAGAAGGUGUUUCAUACAGUCCAAAUUCGGUUCCUAUCCAACUAGUUACAUUAGUUCAACCGGCUGUAGGAAACCAGGAAAUUCAAAACUUUACCGAAAAUACAUUUAUGGACGAGUCUGGUAUUAAGAAGCUCGUUUCAAGCACACAGAAUUUAGUCAGCAAUGAAGAUGUGGUGGACAUUAACAAUGCAGAAGAGGGUGUCACAGAACGUGCACAAAAUGUUUCGGAAGCACAAUCCACAACAGCAGACAGUGUGCCAAGCGAAAGCCAACAGUCGGAAAAGGCUGAAAGCUUUGAUCAACCAAUCAUUGUCGGCGAUAGUGAUGCAGCGGAAUCGAGCGAUGUUCAGCGCCGUCAACAUAACGACCGACAUGUCAAGCAAAUCAAUGUAGAAAUUCUUGGUGAAUCGGAAGACCAUAACAACGGGCAAUAUUUGAAAGAAACCACUAUUUUAGCAACUAAACCGGCCGAACCAUGCGAUGACAACAAUAAGGCAGAGGGGAUCCUCAUUACCAAACAGGAAGUUACUACUAUCAAUCCAGUGACGGUUACAGGCCUUCGUGGUUCAACUGCAGCGCGAUUGAGCAACAGAUACAAGAGCUCACAAACAACAGCCAAUCCAAGUAUAAUCAUUUCAACGACACCGAAAACUACACCAACCGCCGUUACGGGGGCACCUAAACCAGUGUCCUCCAGAUAUUUGGCUCCUAUUCAAGCCGGGUUACGGUUGUCGAAUACAGAAAAAUCCAAAACAGAUGACUGUCAGGAUGAUGGUGCGAAGGUGAAGGAACAAACUGUCGUAGAGGUGCAAAAAAGUGUGAAUAUAAAAAACAUACUGAUAAACCAGGAGACCCCAAAUUUACGUCACUUUGGUAGCAGAACCAAAAUUAUCAAACAACCAGUGUACGUGGAGAAACCUGUUGACCGUAUCGUAACGCAGCCGGUGUUUAUCGAAAAACCUGUCGAAAGAAUAGUAAAGCAGCCGGUUUAUGUGGAAAAGCAAGUACAACAGAUCGUAAAACAGCCAGUUUACAUCGAAAAACCCGUGCCGGUUCCGGUAGAUAGAAUUGUGGAGAAGCCCGUCUAUCACACGCGCUAUGUUGACCGACCCGUCCCGGUCGAGCAUCAGGUACACGUGCCUGUUGAAAAGAUAGUUGAAAAACCGAUACCGGUGGAAAAGAUAGUGACGCAGAAAGUGAAGGUACCAUACCCGGUGGCACAUAUUAUCGAUCGGCCGGUAGCCGUGGAAAAAAUUGUGGAAAAGCCUGUAACAGUCGAGGUGGCACGCUAUAUCGAUCGUCCUUAUCCUGUGGAGAAGAUCGUUGAUCGUCCGGUUCCAGUAGAAGUGCCGGUAGAGAAAAUCGUUGAAAAGGUCGUUGAUCGCCCGGUGGAAGUAGAGCGUGUUGUUGAAAAGCACAUCCAAGUUCCGGUACCCGUAACGGUGGAAAAAGUUGUGGAAAAAUUUGUCGAUCGUCCUGUGCCUUAUCCAGUGGAGAAAAUUAUCGAUCGGCCGUAUCCGGUGGAAAAGAUUGUAGAAAAAAUAGUAGACCGACCAUAUCCAGUGCAGGUUCCGGUACAAGUACCAGUGCAUUAUCCGGUAGAGGUCCCCGUUGGUAUUCCAAUACCUUACCCGGUAGAGAAAUAUGUUCCGCUCCCGAUUCAUGAGCCCAAACCAACACAUUCUAUUAUAAAAACGGUUCACCAUGAGCAUUUCGACAUUGGGAAAUUUUUGGCACAAAAGAAAAAACAUUUUGUAGACCACUUCUUCCCCAAAUCACACCAUCCUUCCAAAGUUAUAGUAGAAUCUCCGGGAAAGUAUGCUUUUCCGGCCAAUCUACGGUAUCCCAAAAAUGAUUUACACUAUGGAGCAUCCGCAUCGAUACCUGUGAUUGUUGAUGGUAAUCAUCUGAAUGGACACACACAUUUUUUGCCUGAAAAACAUCAUCCCGCCUUAGGAAUAGUUUUCAAUGGCGAUGCUUAUGCAGGCAAUUUCGGUUACAUUCACCAUGAACCAGUAGUGAAGGAUGACUACGUGGGGCCUACACCUUUGCUGGAUGACCAUUGGGCAGCUAAGAGUGAUGUGAAAUUUCGACGAAGCCCUAGCUAUGGCAAGAGUCUGCGCAUCGAAUACGGUGGAUUUAAGCCUCCAUUAGUGCCAUCUGUGGAAAUAGACGAACACGGUAUUCCCCUGUCAAAAGCAAACAACUAAGUUAUA